CCAGUUUCAGCCCACUAGAGUUCAGCUGAUAGAUGUUGGAUAGCUUGAAGCUUCAGCACUAUCUGCUUCCUCCGUUCAGGCAAACUCAGUUGUCCAUUCUGCCAUCUUCUAUAGCCAUGAUUCGCACCUUUCUGUGAUUCAACGCCUUCAUUCUCUCUAGUUCUUAGCUUCAAUAGUGAAAAUGACGAACAAGUGGUUGAAGUCGCUUUUCCGCUGUAAGCCUCAGCCUGCAAAGAUUAAGCCUGAGGAACUCCUCGAGGAAGAUUCUUACUCUGAAGGCGUCUACUCGAAGGAUGAUACUGCACAGCCAACAAAAAGCUUCAAAUCUUCAGCUAUAUCUGCUAAUUCUGCGCGAGAAAGUUCACCGGUUUCAGUCUGCUCGAACAGUUCCCUCAUUUUAUGUCAACCCUGAUGGAUCAAGCGCUCGAGUUCCCGCUUCACCGUCGGCUUCACGCUCAGCGGCCAGGUCGCCGUCACCUUACAGUCGCUCCGCCAAUCCAGCAUCCCCCUCCAUCAAGGAGUCUGGAAAUGGUUCCCGCUUCACAGCACCUCAGUCACCCUCUACCUCUUGCACCUCUGUUACCAUGCCUCCUCCAGCGGUUUCUCAAGGCUCGGUUUCGCAUGCUCGCUCAUUUCGUUCCAAAUCUGCUGCUAGAUCCGUUGCAGAAGGACCGUCGUGCUCAGGCGUAUCAGUGAAGUCCUCGCCCAAGAGGGAAUCGAGCACCGCGACAUCUUCGUGGUCUGGCCGGCGCAUGUACAGCGCCGCGAAGAAGCAAUCAACAGCACCUGCGUUGUCAGCUGAGUCUGCAGCAGCUAUCAGAAUUCAGACUGCAUAUCGUGGCUAUCUGGCCCGUAAGGCUCUUCGUGCACUGAAGGGGCUGGUUCGCCUACAGGCCUUGGUGAGAGGCCAUAUUGCCAGAAAGCAGGCAAAGGCCACUCUUCGAUGCAUGCAUGCCAUCGUUCGAGUACAGGCUCGGUUCCGUGCCCGUCGGGUCCGAAUGUCCAGGGAGGGACAACUGGUUCAGCGGCAGUUGGAGAAAAUUUCGCGCAAGUAUCACCCGGAAGUGGUCCUCAAACGCAACGAGGUUGGAUGGUGCGAUGCUUCUGGAACGGUUGAGGAGAUUCAAGCAAAGCUUCAGAGCAAGCAGGAAGCCAUCCUUCGUAGGGAACGGGCUUUAGCAUAUGCUGACUCUCGUUCGCUGUGGAAGAAGGAGAAGCCUACACAGCAACGCUCGAUGGCUUACAUUGAUUGUGAGCCCGACAAGGGUGGAUGGGGGUGGAGUUGGUUGGAGCGUUGGAUGGUCGCGCGGCCAUGGGAGAAUCGUCUCAUGAUGGCGCACUACCAGGCCGUUAACCCCAAAGCCAAGCGUCAGGGUGCACUCCGUCUGUUUGAGGCUCAGGCAGUGGAGUCCAAGCCCCACCGCACCGUGGAGCUGGUGGACAUGGGGAAGUGCAAGAGCUGCGGUCGCCGUGUCCUCGUCAAGCCCUCCGUCGCGCACGCAGCCAACGCCGCUGCUGCUGCUCAGGCUUCCGCUAAUGGCACUGCGCCCUCGAAGGCCAUCCCCCACACCUGCAACAUCUGCGCUCCCACAGUUUCCUGGGCCGCCAAGGUCGGAGCUCUUCCACCACGUGAGCCUUCCCCGCUGUGACCACUGGCAACAACCGUGGGGCAGCAGCUGCAAUUUCGCGUCUGUCACUUGGAGCUUCGCAUGAACCACAACCCCUUGCAGAUGCUGUGGUUGGUUCCGGCUCCCUGAGCCGAUCGGCCAACCGUUCAGUUUCCAACUCGGGCACCCAUGCACCUCUCUCGCCAUCAGCAUCCUUCAAACGCGCCAGUGCAUCGCCCCGCGUUGUUCCUCACUUCAUGGAGACCACUGAAUCCACGCGCGCCAGGACGAGGGCUAACAGUGCGCCCCGAGGUCGCCAGUCUGAUGGUUCUGCAUACAAGCGAGCCCUGACACCUCAGGAGACAGGGGGGGUCCUUGCUCCGAUAGUCCUUGCACCACAAGGUGACGCAUCAGCAGACCAUAAGGAGGAGCAGGCAUCAGAAGCUCAACUGUGAGAACCCCUACACCUGCUUGCCCCCAGAUUCCCCACCAUUUAGCACAGCUUUCUUUGCCUCUACUGACUUCGUUGUCUUAGCAGAGCUGAUUUCUUUAUGGGUUUCUGCAGCUUGAAUCUCCUUAGCUAUGUCAUACUUGGGGCUUUGAAGCCUUGGUUCUUAGCUGUAAUAAGUAUUGGAAUCUUAGUGAUAACGUGGAAAUACAGGAUAACAUGAAGCAAUGGGCUGCUGGCCCAACUUGAAAGAGGGCUCCCUCUGAGCGACUCAAGUUGGAAACCAGCUUCAACAAAUAACUGUUCCAAAAUGGC